AUGGAGUUUAAAGUUUUUAUCUUUAUCCUUCUCCAGGUCCUACUGGAAACUAGUGCUAGACCCAAGCAAUUCUUCUCCCCUAUUAACGAAUUCCUGCAGAGUAUUCAGAACGAGGAAGGAGUAAACCUACAGUUUAAACCACGUGGAUCAGACGAACCAGAAGAAACCACUGAAAAAGAUUCAGGUUCGGAUGCAUCCUUGCUUCUCUUCGGAAUGAUCUGCAGGGUUGAGUGUGGAACUGAGGACUGUAUCCAGGAGUGUACUGAAUGUGUGGAUGGAGUUUGUACUCUUACUCGUGAGACAUUUCUCAGAGAAUCCCUUUCAUUCGAAUCCCAAGUAGUUGAUUCUACAACCGUUACACCUACUUUGACUACCCAUGAAGCAUCUAAAGAAGAACCUACAGAUGAAUCUACUACAGUAUCAGAAACAACUACAGUUGAAGCAUCCACCACUAAAGCUGAAGAUAUAUCCCCAAAGCAGAUAGUUUCGUUGUUUAAAUCAUCUAGAACAACUAGCACAACAACCACAGUAAUCCAUGAUGAUUUGGUUGAACUUACAUCCUCAACCUCGACUCUUUUUUCUUCACCUUCAAAAUUUGUGGAAGAAACAUCUGAUGCCACAACUACCAAAACUUCUUCUCCAGAAGCAACAUCUUUCGAAUCCUACUCUUCACAAGCAUCAUCUACUGGAUCCUUCUCUGCUGAAGCUUCAUCAACCAAAUCUUCCACCACUGAAGAAGUAUUAACAACAGAAUCUUUCACUGAAGAAGCUACAUCUACAGAAUUUCCCACCGAAGAAGCUGAUUCUUUGACUCUGGAAGCUGCAUCUACCGUUUCUUAUACAAAAGAUAUAUCAUCUACUGAAUCUUCCACAGAAGUAGUAUCAUAUGCUGAACAUUCUACAGAAGAAGCUUCAUCUGCUGAACAUUCUACAGAAGAAGCUUCAUCUGCUGAACAUUCUACAGAAGAAGCUACAUCUGCUGAACAUUCUACAGAAGAAGCUUCAUCUGCUGAACAUUCUACAGAAGAAGCUACAUCUGCUGAAUCUUCUACUGAAGAAGCUACUUCUCCCCAAUCUACAACUACUUCUACCCGUGCUCCUCUUCUAAGAUGGCCUAAACGAUUUCAGUAG